UACGCGGCCCUGCCCCCGUGGGGCUGCUCCGGGCUCAGUCCCUCCCGCCGCGAACCGCCCCGGGCGGCGGCUGCAGCUGCACCGGUCGCGGGACAGAUGCAAGUAGCCGGGGACAGGGGUGUUUUUGGUCCGUUGGAGAUGUCAGUCAGGGCCCCGGAGAAAAUUAGCAACGGCGAGCGAGUGCUGGGCGCGCGGCGCCUGGAGCCGCCCUUGGCUGUGGGCCGCCGCCGGGGCCUAACGCAGGCGGGAUGGCGCGCGCGGGCUCUGCACAGCCUUGGAGCCCAACCCGCUGCGGGCCAGGUUCCGGCCCGUCAGUGGAUGGUAGCUCUGGGCGACCACGCCAGGCCUACGGCUCUAGCUAGUGGGCGGGUAUCCUGAUCUGGCUGCGCAGCCAUCACUGUCCCCUCCCCCAUCCAGUUUGUGAGUACCUAGUUUCUAAGGCAGGUAGCCCUCAACCCUGAUCAGUUAUUUUUCCCCCACGUGUUUUAUUAUAGCCAAAUGCAUUUUUCUUUUUUGGAGUCUUCCCCCAUCUUCUCACCACCUCCCUAGCACUCGAUUGGAGAAAUCAAGCCGUUAUCAGUUGCUUAGGAGACGCACAGCGCUGUACCUGGAACCUGAUAGCUAGUGUUGUGUUUUAUAAAUUAGCUCCCGUAUCCCUCUAAGGGAUUGAACCUGGCGUUCUAGCAAGUCCUUUAAAAGCUGCGGAGCUGUUGAUUGACAGGAUUAAAGUACAUCUUGGAAUCUGGGUUUUCAGAACUGAAAGGGACCUUAAGUAAAAUGGAGUUCAUCCCUCUGAUUUCACAGAAGACACCGGACCUAAAGAGCAUAGUGUUGCUUAAUCAAGAUAAUCAAGGUGCAGCCCUUUCAGGGUUAGGCUUUAGGGCUGCAGACACUUUUUGUGCCAGGACGGCAGUGCAUGCUGGUUCAUCCUGCUUCGUACAGUGUAUCCCCCCAGAAGUGAUUGCACUUGCCUUGCAGGACUUCUCAGAUUGAUUGGAAAGUUCGGCCUGGCUAUUGCGAUGGCUCUAGAGAGUAGCGGAUAGGACCGUGUUUCUGGGUGAAUUCCCUAAACAGAUGGUAUUGUGUCCGUGUUACACGUGUUUUAAGCGUGCAGAAAGGAACCAGAGAGACGUUCUGACUGUGGUGCUGGUCAUUUGCAGAGGAAUAGCCACAAUGGAUACUGCUAGCCAUAGUCUUGUCCUUCUGCAACAGCUGAACAUGCAGCGAGAAUUUGGUUUUCUGUGUGAUUGCACAGUUGCUAUUGGAGAUGUUUACUUCAAAGCCCACAGAGCGGUACUUGCUGCCUUUUCCAACUAUUUCAAGAUGAUAUUUAUUCACCAAACAAGUGAAUGCAUAAAAAUACAACCAACUGACAUCCAGCCUGAUAUAUUCAGCUACUUGUUGCACAUUAUGUACACAGGAAAAGGGCCCAAACAGAUGGUGGACCACAGUCGUUUGGAGGAAGGGAUCCGAUUUCUCCAUGCCGACUACCUUUCCCACAUUGCCACUGAAGUGAAUCAAGUGUUCUCACCAGAGACUGUGCAGACCUCAAAUCUCUAUGGUAUUCAGAUUUCAACAACCCAGAAAACAGCUGUCAAACAAGGGCUGGAGAUGAAAGAAACCCCUCCCAGUAGCAGUGGGAACAGAGCUGCUGUCCAAGGUGACCACCCACAGCUGCAGCUCUCCCUUGCGAUUGGGCUGGACGAUGGGAGUGCAGAGCAGCAGAGGGCCCAUCCUGCUGCCCAGGCCUUGGAGGAGCACCAGAAGCCCCCGGUGUCCAUCAAACAGGAGAGAUGUGAUCCAGAGUCUGCGAUCUCCCAAGGCCUCUCCUCGUCCUCAUCAGAAGUGACUGGCCCCUCUUUUACAGAAAACAAUAUCAAAGUCCACUUAUGCCAUUACUGUGGGGAGCGUUUCGAAUCCCGUGGUAACCUGAGACAGCACCUCCAUACCCAUGUGUCUGGAUCUCUCCCGUUUGGUGUCCCUGCUUCCAUUUUGGAAAGUAAUGACCUUGGUGAAGUGCAUCCACUUAGUGACAGCAGCGAGGCUCUUGACUGCCGGAGGCUUAGCUCCUUCAUUGUCAAGGAGAAGGAUCAGCAGCAGCCACCGCUGGAGCACUCAAGCCGGGGUCCCGUGGAGCCUUUACAGAUCAGUCAAGUGUCUUUGAUCUCCAAAGACACAGAGCCAGUAGAAUUAAACUGUAAUUUUUCUUUUUCAAGAAAAAGAAAAAUCAGUUGUACCAUCUGUGGUCAUAAAUUUCUUCGAAAGAGCCAGUUACUGGAACACAUGUAUACACAUAAAGGUUACAGAGUCAGUAAGAUGAACUUGCAUAUGAAGCAGAUGAGAUCUGUUUUAAAGAAUGUUUUAGAGGCCGGGAGUGAAGCUCAUCUGUAGAGGGCUUGCCUACAUGUGUGAGGCUCUAGGCUCAGUCUUCAGCGCACACACGUGCUCACAGACAAACGCACUUCAAACCGUCACUCUUGUCUCAUGUUUCAUAUGAAUUAUGUCUGCAUGAAAAUGACUUCUAAAUAUUUUCUGACAUAUAGGAAAUCAGUAGUUAUUUUAAUGUAUAACUAUAUAUUAUAAUGUAUAAAUGUAUAUUAUAAUGUUCUAAGACAUGGCUAUACCAAAUCACGAGUAGUUUUAACUAUCUGCUUCCUAGUACCCCAGCCUCUUACAUGGCCUCUUAUUUAAUUAACAUCAAGUAUACCUCAUUUUUUAAUAAAAAAUAUUCCAGCUAGAAGAAAGGACUGGAGAAGCCAGUGCUAAGGAAGUCUUGGACAGAGAAACCAGUUCAUACAUAUAUCCAAGCACAGAGGCGGGCUCUGAACCGUCCCUGGGCCAGCGAGCACAGCUACUGUGUCUUUACACACCCAAGGGCAGUUUCAGAUUUCUAUAGCCAGAGGUUUACCUAGAUUUGAAGAGAAAAAUAAGAUACAAACCAUCUCUCUAGCUUAACGCAGCAGAAUUGUCUAGGCUGUCUGGGUUGAUGGUAAUUUUCUGAAAGUCACUCUUACAGGUAAUUUUGCAGUAUAGUGUGGCUGGCUUUCACUUCUUCUGUUAGUAAAACCAGUGAAGUAGAUACAUCCAGUGUUCCAGGCCUAUUUAAAACCCACGCUGGCAGCUCCCCUUUUGUGAAUAUACUUAACUUCUCUUCUAUAGUGGUGACACUCAGAAACCUAAAACCCCAGAAAAAUUGAAGUUGAUGGACUAAGUGAUGGAUUUACUGUACCUAAAACAUAGCCCAUCAAAUUUCAUUGUUUCUGAAGUGUUUAAAUUUGAAGCUCUGCAGUCAAGGAUAAGAAGGCAAGAGAGACUGCAGAAGAGCCCUCCUCCUUCCCCUAUCCUAUUACAGCCUAAGCUUCAUAGACAUUUGAAGAACACCUGAGAUGGUCCUGAUCCCUGCCCGCCCCCUAGUUUGGAAACAGUCUCGGUAUGUGACCCAGGUUGGCCUUAAGCUCUUGGGCACAGCAGUUUUCUGUUUCAGUUUGCCAAGUAGCCAGGACCUUGGGCAUGUGCCAUCUCACAGGUGUUUGAAUACAUCUAAUAAACGUGAUGCUUAGAUUUUAGCCACAUGCAAAGUCUGAACUGCUCCUGCCCCGAUUGAACACCUCUGAAGACAUUUCUUAGAGGUUCUUCCCCCCUGUCUGUGGGGAGCCUAGAGUAAUCCAGCUAAUUCUGAAACAAAAGUCCUUUCUGGGUAAACAGUGAGUUCAGACGAAUAAUGAAGCAGUGGUUUCAGAGAUACUGUUGCCUGCCUCUCGGCCCAGAACUCAUGGGGUUGAUCUCUUGUGAGUUCAAGGCCAGCCUGGUUUAUAGAGUUCUAGACCAGUUAGCUACAUAGCGAGACCCUGUUUCAAACAGACAAAAAUCACACAGGCAAACCACAUACCAAAUCAAAGUAGCAGUUUCAUUGUCUUUAGUUUUUGAGACAUUCUUGCUAUAUGGCUCAUGCUGACUUUGAACUCACCAUCUUCCUCCCCUGCCUUCUUAGUGCUGGGAUUAUGGGCUGUACCACCAGCCAGGCUUCAGAGUGGUAACUUGAGGGCCGGGUGAAGAACCCCAUUAGUGUUGUCUUAAGGCAGUUGAAUUUCUGAUUUAGAGACUUAGUCUCUGGGUUCAAGACCCAUGUGUAGAGAGCAAAAUCUAGUUAGAGGGGUUGGUUAAACAAGUAUGCUGUUAUGUCUGGGGGGAUUACAAUUAUAUAUAAUCUUACACUAUUAAUUCAUUAAAGCACUACUCAGCCAUACUACCUUAAAUGAUUUAACCUUUAACCUUAUAGAAACUCAAAUACCAAUUUAAUAUAUUUUAAACUAUUUAGGAUAUAUUUCCUACUUUCAAUUUUUCUUUUUUUUUUUUUUAAGAUACAGUGUCAUGUUUAGCCCAGGCUGGCCCCAGACACACUAUAUAGCUGAAGAUGGUUUUAAACCAUCUGCCUGCUCUUCCUCCAGGCACUGGCACUAUAGUUGUGCCCCCCCCCCCCCCCCCCCCCCCCCCCCCCCCCCCCAUGCCCAACUCUCCUUAGCCUUCUCAAAUAUAAAAGAACCUAACAAUUCUCACUUAAAUCUUUUCUGUAAUCUUCCUUGCGUACCGAGUCAUCAGUCUUACACACAAGAGGCCCUUAUAUAGCCAGAGGGUGGGAACAGAGGCUUUCAGGGUAGGCGAAGGGCGCAGCAGCUCAAGACAGUCAGGAGAGAUGCUGACAGAGCUUGCCUACAGCUAACGGCCAUGUCAGACACUUCUACUUAAAGUGGAACUCUGAUGUGGGAUUCCCCCCUAUGCUGUGAAUAUGUUUUAUAAAAAUGGGUUAAUGUAAGAUGUAAGAGCUAACUAGGAAUACACUAGAGUCAUUGGCCACAUGGUGUUGUGAUUAGUAUAGUUUCUGUGUGAUUAUUCGGCUCUGGGCAGCUGGGGAAUGAACGAGCAGUCUCGGCUUACAGAACCAUAUGCAGAAGAGUUAGUAAACAUGUUAGUCAAUGAAACGGAAUUGUACCUAGAGUCUGGGGAGUAAAGUCAUCGCUGCUCACAGAUUGGAAGCUGAGGUGAGAGCUAGGUAUGGCGCCUCUUGUCCCAGUGCUGGUAGAGGAGCAGAGACAGGCGGGCAGCAGGUGCUCUCAGGCCAGCCCCGCAGAGAUAAGCUCCAGGUUCCGAGAGACCCAUGUCUCAAAAACAGGUGGAGAAGUGAUUAUGGAAGAUGUGUCACCAGUCUCUGGUCUCAACAUAUGCCCACACAUGUGUGCACACCCACACACAUGCAUACCCCCACACACAUAACAGAAUAAGUGGAAGUCUGUGAGCUUGGAGAAAAUAUUAGUUCACCUGGUUCCUAUCGCUCUUAAAGUUCUCUCGUGCCAAGAGCUUUACUCGAUUCCUCUCAUUUACAAAGCUCCUUUUAAUACCAGACCAAAAUGACAAAAUGCUGGUCUUGCCCAUCUGUAACCUAGCUGUCAGUAGAAUGAGGCAGGACGAGCCUGGAGCUACAUGGCAAGACCCUGACUCAGUCUGUAAUAACAUUGUUUUAGGAAGUGGAGAAAUGUUAGUUUCGUUUUAUGGAAAAAGUUCCCCAAAGCUAGUUGUUACAGAGGCUUGUAGUCACUGGGAUGGUAUCUGCUGUCACUUUGUUUUGAUUUUUAAAGAAGAUUUAUUUAUCUUUAUGUUAUGUGGUAUGUGUUGAGUGUUUUGCUGUCUUCUGUACAUAGCAUGCAUGCAGUCCCCUGGAGGCCAGGAAAGGGCAUCAGAGCCUCCGGAACUCAAGUGGGUGUGGGAACUGAGCCCAGGUUCUCCUCCAGAGCAGCAAGUGCCCUUAGUCAUCUCUCCAGCCUGUUUUGGCUUUUUGAGGU